CAUCAGCCCGAUACGCGGCCGCGCGCCCACGUCCGUGAUUAACCCUGAUUUCGCGGUCGCGUCCGCGUCCUUGGCCCGGGAGCCAGCUCCCGCGUUCCCGACGCCGAAAAAGUCGUCACCACGCACGGCCAUGUUUGUCGAGGCGAUAGCGUGUUCCUUUCCGCGCGCGGAUGCUCACGUCGCAUCCGAUGGCGGUCGCGCGAUUCCCUGAUCGACACCUCAUCAAGCGAUCAAGCUACGUCGCGCCUCUCCGCGAGGGGAGGAGGGUACAGCUGGAAACGCAUACGUCGCCGAGCGCACGUGUGGGAUCCCCGCUGCUGUUGCGUUCUUCGCCUUCACGCGUCGCCGAUGCCCGAUACGGUCGGCUCGUUCGCUCGCGAGAUGCGGCCUCGAUAUCGGCCGUAUCCCACGCGCGAUCGCACGUGGACCGCGCGAUCGCACGUGGACCCCGCGAAACGCGACGAUCGAGUCCGCGGCUCGCGCUGACUCUUCGCCGUCGAGUUUCGCGGCUCCCACGAGUCGCGUUUGAGCCUCAAUUAUUCCACGAAUUUCCUGCAUUGUUAACGAAACGAUUUCGAUAACACGAUUUCGAUAUGGCGAUACGAUAUCACCGUAAGAAUUUAUCAUGGAGCAACUCAGCGAAGGACAAGCAGUUGUUGUUGGCGGAGCUGGGGGAACUGUACAAGUCGUUCAGAUGGGCCAAGGUGGACAGACUAUGAUGCUUCCGCAGGCUAUACAGGUAGCGGCACCAAACGGACAGAUUCAAGUAGUUCCCGUCUCUAGUCUGACUAAUACGGGUCAGCAAAUAGUUAUUCAACAGCCACAGACACCACAGAUUAUUCAAACUCCCGAUGGACAGACUUAUAUUUAUCAACCAGUACAAUUAGAAGGUCAAGUUCAACAACCACAACCUACAGUAAUAAAUCUCAAUGGCAAUCUCAUGCAAAUUGCUGGCACAACGUCACAAGCUACAACUACCGCAGCUACCACUACUCCAGUACAACCUUUGGGUAGUCCUACAUCGACGAUGUCACAAACCGGAAAUGUUGUUAUGAUGGUACAACCAAGCAAUAAUGGACAAACACAAACGUUUCAAAGAGUAGCAUUGCCUCAUGCAGAACUUCUUGAGGAAGAGCCACUGUAUGUGAAUGCAAAACAAUACAGACGGAUAUUAAAGCGUCGUCAAGCGCGUGCUAAAUUAGAAGCUGAAGGAAAGAUACCUAAGGAAAGGCCGAAAUAUCUCCACGAAUCUCGUCAUCGACAUGCGAUGAACAGAAUUCGUGGCGAAGGCGGCCGUUUCCAUUCUGGUCAAGUGAAAAAGCGGAAUAGAGGAAAUGUAAACUCCACGAUUACUCAGCACAUCACAACUUCAACCAGCACCGAUAGCGUUCAUACUGUAGCAAUAGCAGCCGCAAAUGUAGGUGUACAAUAUCACGACACAGACAAUAUGGCAUCCACAAUUGUACUUGAAAAACCAAAUAUUCCUCUGCAAGACAUGAUCUCUGAUGACGACAUUGUUACUUCAAACAAUCAUUUGAUAUAGAUAAUAAAAUAAAUUGGAUCAAAAGAAAAAUAAGCAUAACAGGCAAUGAUCGAUUUUCCAGUCGUGUAUUCAGAUACUGCUUGUAUGGACCGUUCAAGAUGUUCAAAGGUGAUCGAUACUUGGGUAACGGUCUGUAUCCAAUUGGCCUUUCACCUUUCUCUCCCAGAUAAUCUUUCUUGUAGACCGUCGUAAAAUCUCGCG